AUGGCAGGACUACGAAGGAUACUCCACAGUUUGUGGAUUUCCCUCUUCUUCCUCUGUUUAUCAUCUACUGCCGAGGACUCAGUGACUCAAUGGCCAUUACACAACGACGGAUACAACAAAGUCGUAGAAUGGGACCAUUACAGCUUCCAAAUCGACACACAGCGGAUCUUUAUCUUCUCCGGAGAGUUCCAUUACUGGCGAAUUCCCGUUCCAGAGCUAUGGAGAGAUAUUUUAGAGAAGGUUAAAGCUGCAGGCUUCACUGCUUUCUCAUUCUAUUCCAACUGGGCUUACCAUGCACCAAACAACGAGACCUUGGAUUUCUCUACGGGCGCUCACGACAUCACUCCACUCUUUGAGCUCGCCAAGGAGAUUGGGCUAUACAUCAUCGUGCGCCCGGGUCCCUACAUCAAUGCUGAGACCACAGCUGGUGGGUUUCCCCUCUGGUUGACGACGGGAGACUAUGGCAGUCUUCGCAAUAACGAUACCCGCUAUACAAAAGCGUGGACGCCUUAUUUUACGGAGAUGUCGAAGAUUACCAGUCGGUACCAAGUUACUGAAGGAGAAAAUGCGAUUUGCUAUCAGAUUGAGAACGAGUACGGUGAUCAGUGGAUUUCCACCACAGAAAAGACUCCUAACGAGACUGCCAUUUCAUACAUGGAGCUCCUUGAAGAAAAUGCCCGUCAAAAUGGAAUCAAGAUUCCGUUGACAUCGAAUGAUCCUAACAUGAACUCACACUCAUGGGGAAGUGACUUCUCCAACGAGGGAGGUAAUGUCGAUAUCGCCGGCGUGGAUUCAUACCCAUCUUGCUGGACUUGCGACCUCAGCGUCUGUGAUUCAACCAAUGGUGCUUACGUAGCAUACCAAGUAGUAGACUACUACGACUAUUUCCAAGACUACCAGCCCACACUUCCUGAAUUCAUGCCAGAAUUCCAGGGAGGCUCCUACAAUCCCUGGGGAGGCCCAGAAGGCGGCUGUCCCGACGAUACAGGCGCCGAAUUCGCCAACCUGUUCUACCGCUGGAACAUCGGGCAGCGCGUCACAGCUAUGAGUCUAUACAUGAUCUUCGGUGGAACGAAUUGGGGCGGUAUCGCAGCCCCAGUAACAGCAAGCAGUUACGACUAUUCCUCGCCUAUUUCAGAAGACCGAUCGAUUGGAUCGAAGUAUUACGAGACCAAGCUUUUGGCCCUGUUCACACGUAGCGCUAAGGAUCUGACUAUGACUGAUCUGAUUGGUAAUGGGACUCAGUAUACUGAUAACUCAGCUGUACGAGCGUAUGAGUUGCGGAACCCGAGCACGAAUGCUGGAUUCUAUGCGGCUUUCCAUGUGACUACUUCGAACGGUACGAAUGAGGCUUUCCAUAUCAAGGUGGAUACCUCUGUUGGGGCAUUGACUGUUCCCAGCCAUGGAGGCGUUGUUCGUCUCAAUGGACAUCAGUCUAAGAUUGUCGUCACGGAUUUCACAUUUGGAUCUGCGAAGCUGCUGUACUCGACUGCGGAGGUCUUGACAUAUUCCAUCUUGGAUGGUGUCCCGACUUUAGCUCUUUGGGUUCCCACGGGAGAGUCUGGGGAGUUCAAUAUCAAAGGCGCAAAGAAGGGAUCGAUCAGUUCAUGCCAAGGGUGCUCAAAGGUUAAGUUUAUCAAAGAGCACGGGGGUCUCACAGCAACCUUCACUCAGUCUUACGGUAUGAGUGUUUUGGAGAUUGACGGGAUCCGCGUUCUCCUUCUGGAUCGGACAUACGCUUAUGAAUUCUGGGCUCCUGCUCUCACUACCAGUCCAUUUGUACCGGAGACAGAAAAUGUUCUCGUCCAAGGCCCUUAUCUCGUCCGUGGAGCCAGUCGAUCCGGAUCCAAGCUUGCCGUAACAGGUGACAUCGUCAAUUCCACCACGCUGGAGAUCUUCGCUCCAAAGGCUGUUACAUCUGUGACCUGGAACGGCGAAAAGAUCUCUACUCGCCGAACGGCAUAUGGCAGUUUGAAAGGCUCACUCUCCGCAUCGAAGUCUGUCACGUUACCGAAAUUGACUUCCUGGAAGUCAAAAGACAGCUUACCAGAGCGAUUCGCUGAUUAUGAUGACUCUGGUGCUGCUUGGGUUGAUGCUGAUCAUAUGACGACACUCAAUCCCAGGACUCCUACAACUCUCCCAGUCCUAUACGCAGAUGAAUACGGUUUCCACAACGGAAUCCGUCUCUGGCGCGGAUACUUCAACGGUAGCGCCUCAGGUGUGAGCCUAAACGUCCAAGGAGGAACAGCUUUCGGCUGGACCGCCUGGUUAAACGGAGAACACCUAGGCUCCUUCUACGGCAACGACUCAGCAGAACAAGCCAGUCUCACCCUCCCCUUCACAAACGUCACCCUACACACCACCAAGCCAAACAUUCUCCUAGUCGUCCACGACGACACAGGCCACGACGAAACAACAGGUGCUCUAAAUCCCCGCGGAAUCUUAGACGCAAAACUCACCGACUCAACCGGCUUCACACACUGGCGCCUAGCCGGAACAGCAGGUGGAGAAAGUAACCUUGACCCCGUGCGCGGCGUCUACAAUGAAGACGGUCUAUACGGCGAACGUGUCGGAUGGCAUUUACCAGGAUACAAAGAAUCAUCAUGGACAAGCGUGAAGGGUUCAUCACUAAGUGUUAGCGGGGCGACUGUAGGAUUUUUCCGCACGACUGUCUCGCUUGAUCUGCCCUCUGAUCAUGAUAUUUCGAUAUCAUUUGUUCUUGGAACACCGUCUAGCUCGGCACUUACCUAUCGCGCACAGCUGUUUGUUAACGGGUACCAGUAUGGACGAUUUAAUCCUUAUAUUGGAAAUCAGGUUGAGUUCCCUGUUCCGCCGGGUGUUUUGGAUUAUAGUGGUGAGAAUACGAUUGCUGUUGCCGUUUGGACACAGUCUGAAGAAGGAGGUAGCAUUUCUGUUGAUUGGAAGGUUAAUUAUGCUGCUGGGAGCUCAUUGAAUACUCGCCAGAUCAACGAUGCAAGUCUUCGACCAGUAUGGACAGAAAAACGACUCGAGUUUGCGUGA